AAAAAUCCGAAAUUUCCCCCAAAAAAAAAAAAAAGGAAAAAGAAGAAAAAAAACCCCAGAACCUCCAAGCUCUCUCUGGUGCUCCGUGCUCUCGAAUUCGAGAUCUCGCGCUCCAUUUCUCGCUCGAUCCGUCGCCGAAGCAGGCGCAAUCCAGAGGGAGAGAAGCUGCGGCGAUCUCGCAUCCGUCUUCACCGCACAGGGAUACAAUGACGAAUCCGGAAGGACACGGUCGCGAUGACGAGGCGGACUCGUCCGUGGAAGUUCCGCCGUCCGACAGUUUCGCGUGGUCGAAUUUCGCUGACGAGGACAUCAUGCAUCAGAAGAAUGAAAUCCAUGCCGUGGAAGCUGAGAAAACUCCGUAUGUGGGCGACAAGGAACCACUUUCUGCUUUAGCAGCUGAGUAUCAAUCAGGGAGCCCUAUUUUGCUGGAGAAGAUAAAGGUGCUUGAUGAACAAUAUGCUGCCAUCAGGAGAACACGAGGAGAUGGAAACUGUUUCUUUAGAAGCUUUAUGUUCUCGUAUCUUGAGCAUAUUUUGGAAACACAAGACAAAUCUGAGGUGGAUCGUAUUAAAGCUAAUGUUGAAGAGUGUAGAAGAACUCUUCAAAGCUUGGGUUAUGUGGACUUCACUUUUGAGGAUUUUUUUGCGCUAUUCUUGGAACAGUUGGAAAGUGUUCUUCAAGGAAAUGAAACUUCAAUAAGUCAUGAUGAACUGCUUCUUAGGAGUCGAGAUCAGUCGGUAUCGGACUAUGUGGUGAUGUUCUUCAGAUUUGUUACCUCUGCUGAGAUACGCAAGCGGUCGGAGUUCUUUGAACCCUUCAUUAUGGGAUUAGCAAAUACAACUGUGGAGCAGUUUUGCAAGUCCUCCGUGGAGCCUAUGGGUGAAGAAAGUGAUCAUGUGCACAUUAUAGCUAUAUCCGAUGCGCUGGGCGUGCCGAUUCGCGUUGUGUAUCUAGACCGCAGCUCAUGUGAUAAGGGUGGUGUCAGCGUAAAUCACCACGAUUUCAUUCCUAACGUCUCUUCCAGCAGUUCUGGCGCUGGUGAGCCUUCCAUCACUUUGCUGUAUCGCCCGGGUCACUAUGAUAUGCUCUAUCCGAAACGACCCACUUAGCUUUCUGGAAAGGUAGAUCUGGGAAGUGUCUUCCUCUGAAUGGCCACUGAAAUAGACAGUUUGACAUGAUAUUUCUGUCUCAUGGGCACGCACACAAACUGUUUCCCUGCUGCGUGAACUUGUAAUUCUAACUUUUUCAUGCUUCAAAAGAUCGGGACUUGGAUUGAAUGCAGAAAUAUCCGAUCCCCAAUUUUCAACCUA